AUGGAGAGCGAUAAGCAGCAUUUUCAACAUAUCUUACUGUUUUACUACAGAAAGGGUAAAAAUGCUGUUCAAGCCAGAAAGAAAUUGACCGAUGUGCAUGGAGAAGGUGUGUUGUCAGUACGCCAGUCCCAGAACUGGUUCGCUAAAUUUCGAUCCGGCAAUUUUGAUGUCGAAGAUGCACCACGUUCGGGAAGGCCGGUUGAUGCUGAUGAAGACGCGAUAAAGGCAUUAGGUGAUACGAACCGGCGAAUAACAACACGUGAGAUCGGAUUGAGGUUAAAUUUAUCAAAUUCAACAGUUUAUGACCACUUGAAAGGCCUGGGAUUAUCCUCGAAGCUCGAUGUAUGGGUUCCCCAUGUUCUCACAGAGAGAAAUCUGUGUCGCCGCAUUGACGUCUGUGAUUCGCUUCUCAAACGUCACGAAAAUGAUCCGUUUUUGAAGCGCAUCAUCUGUGGGGACGAAAAAUGGGUUGUAUACAACAACGUCAAACGCAAGAGGUCAUGGAGCAAAAAAGAUGAACCGGCUCAAACCAUUUCCAAAGCCGAUAUUCACCAAAUAAAGCUUUUACCGGAUAACACAACGAUUAAUUCGGAAGUCUACUGUCAUCCGCUGGACAAACUGAAUGAUGCACUUCAACAGAAAAGGCCAGAAUUAAUCAACAGGAAAGAUGGAGUGUUUCUCCAAGACAAUGCGAGACCUCACACACGCCAAAAGCUUUUACAGCUUGAAUGGGAUACAAUGCCACACCCACCAUAUUCUCUAGACCUGGCACAAUCGGAUUAUUGUUUGUUCCAGUGA